GUGCAACACUGCUAGCAUCCUGGCAGGGAACUAAUGUGAUUUUCAGAGCGGGAAGAAACAUGGGAAGAACAGGGAAAACAUAACCAGCUUUUGUUCGCCAAAUUCGUCUCUUUUAUAUCUGUCCUAACAUUUUUGUUGUUCUGAGCAGCGUCACCAGUUUUAUCAUGGGACAUCAUGCCAAGAAUGAGCCAAAGUAACGUAAAGGAGGACUUAGCAUUAGCUCCUAGGUAGCCGGUGAUAGCUUCCCAGUGACCAGUCAGCAGACACAGGAACAUGGCCACAUCCAGGGUGGAGUACACCAUAGGAGGGGUGAAGAUCCACUUCCCCUGCAAGGCUUACCCAUCCCAGCUGGCAAUGAUGAAUUCAAUUGUGCGAGGGUUGAACUAUGGGCAGCACUGCCUUCUGGAGAGUCCUACAGGAAGUGGAAAGAGUUUGGCUCUGCUCUGCUCAGCUCUGGGAUGGCAGAAAGCUCAGUGUGUUAAAAUGCAAGAAGGACGGAGUUCUGUGAAGGACAAAAGCCUGUCAGAUGCCCCCACACCUUGUCAGUGUGUGUGCCACAGUAAACCCAGUAAGACUGUGGAUACAGCAGCAACCAAACCUGCUGUUGUGGACCUCACUGUGUCACCCUGCAAAGAAACAGCUCAGCCGCCCCCUCCUGCACCCAAACAUAUGUCUUUACCAGAGGAAUCACAACCCAAAGAAAAGUCUAUAGCCUCUCGUCUGUCUGAGAAGUUCCGCGCUUCUCACAACUGUGAGAAAGACGACGACUUUCAGCCAGACAGGAAACGUAUUCGCACUGCAGAGAUCAAGAGCCGGAAAAAGCAGCGUCUGGAGCAGGGAGUCGUGUUCAUAGAUGAUGAACCGGAGCAGGAAAAUGAGCCAGCAGGUCCUCAGGAUUGGAGUACAGAGACCAACAGCCAGGCACCUGGUUUACCCUCAUCCUGCAGUGAUCCUGAACCCUGUUCACGCUGCCCAUGUGCUUCAGCUAAAGACGGUGUGAAGGACAAAGACAAAGAUGGCAGUAAAAAGAUUCCUAAGAUCUUCUUCGGCACUCGUACACAUAAACAGAUAACUCAGAUCACCCAUGAGUUGAAGCGCACUGUUUACUCCCAUGUGCCCAUGACCAUCUUAUCCAGUAGAGAUCACACCUGUGUCAACCAGGAAGUGGCGCCUCACUCCAACCGCAAUGAGCGAUGCAAAGAUCUGCUGGACGCCAAAGAUGGCCGGUCAUGCCGCUACUACCAUGGUGUCCAGAAGAUGCGAGACCAGUACACACUACAGCACGUCCACGGACUGCAUGAUGCAUGGGACAUUGAGGAGCUGGUAACACUGGGGAAACGGCUCCGCUCAUGCUCUUACUAUGCUGCCCGUGAGCUUAUGGAGAGCGCCUCUAUCAUCUUUUGCCCAUAUAACUACCUCCUGGACCCGAUGAUCAGAGAGAGCAUGGACAUUGACCUUGCAGGACAAAUUUUGGUGUUGGAUGAGGCUCACAACAUUGAGGACUGUGCCAGGGAGAGUGCCAGCUUCACAUUACAGUACAACAGUCUGCUUAUGUCAAGAGAUGAGCUGGAUGGGAUGGUCAACAGCAACAUCAGACGCUCCAGUCACGAGCCACUCAGGGACUUCUGCUACAGCCUGAUCAACUGGAUCCAGGAGAGCCAAAGCCUGAUGUCUGAGCGGGGAUACGAGAGCGCCAGUAAAGUUUGGAGUGGGAAAGACAUACUGAGCAUCUUUCAUGGAUUGGGUAUCACUGCUGGCACUUUCAGCAUUCUGAAGCAAAAUCUGGCAGAAGUGUUGGAGAAGGAGGAGCGUGUUGGUGUGGUUAAUGGUAGAGACGACAUGGUGCAGGUCCCGACCAUCAGCACAGCUACCGCCACCGUCCUCAAAAACCUCUUCAUGGUGCUGGACUUUCUCUACAGGGACAACUGCAGGUUUGCUGAGGACUACCGGGUAGCCCUGCAGAAGACCUAUGCUUGGACGAAUCAGGUCCCUCCUGAUGUCCCUGAUGCUCAGGGCUUUUUCGUUCGACCUCGUCACCGACAGCGCCAGAGUGUCAGAGUCAAGGCAGAAGUCCUGACACUGAGUUUCUGGUGCCUGAACCCUGCUGUGGCUUUCUCUGACUUGAGUGGGUCGGUGCACAGCAUUGUGCUGACAUCAGGAACUCUGUCACCCAUGGGCUCCUUCUCCUCUGAACUUGGGGUGAAAUUCUCAAUCCAGCUGGAGGCCAACCACGUGAUCAACAAGUCCCAGGUUUGGGUGGGAACUGUUGGUGCAGGACCUCAAGGCAAAAAACUCUGUGCCACCUUUCAGCACACUGAAACGUAUACUUUCCAGGACGAAGUGGGUGCCCUGCUGCUCCAUGUCUGCCAGGUCAUGGCCAAGGGUGUGCUGUGCUUCUUGCCUUCCUACAAGAUGCUGGACAAGCUGAGAGACCGAUGGACCAACACUGGUCUCUGGGAGAAGCUAGAACAACAGAAAACCGUGAUCACAGAGCCGCGUGGUGGAGCCAAGGGGGAUUUCGACAAGCUGCUUCAGACGUACUAUGAUGCCAUCAAAUACUGUGAGGGAAGAGAUGGUGCAUUGCUGAUUGCUGUGUGUCGGGGUAAAGUGAGCGAAGGCCUCGACUUUACAGAUGACAAUGCCAGGGCAGUGGUCACCAUUGGAAUUCCUUUCCCAAACAUCAAAGACCUCCAGGUAGAACUGAAGAUGAAGUACAAUGACCAGCACUGCAGCUCUAGAGGUCUUCUCCCAGGUCAUCGCUGGUAUGAAAUCCAGGCCUACAGAGCUCUAAACCAGGCCCUAGGAAGGUGUAUCCGUCACAGGAAUGACUGGGGUGCCCUAAUUCUUGUGGAUGAUCGGUACAGGAAUAAUCCUAAUAAGUACAUCACAGGUCUGUCUAAAUGGGUCCGCCAGCUCGUCCAGCAUCAUGACACCUUCCACAAUGCCAUGCAGUCUCUGGCAGCAUUCUCUCAGGGGCAGCAGAAGGUGGAGGUGGCUUCUGUGUCUGCAGAACUCAGCCCUACUGCCUCCUCUCCCAGCCCUCACUUAGUAGCAACUGUAGAGGAACAGAGCUUACCCAAGGCCUCAGAGCUUCGGAUACCCAGCUCAUGUGUCAAACCGCCUGAACCCCAGCCGGACACAAGCCCUUCAGUCUGCCAUUUUUUUUCUCUUACACAGCUGAAAGGUGAAGAGAAUAAAAAAACAGAACAAUUGAAGAUGCCGCAUGUUCCCCCAGCUGAGCCUCGCUCACGUCCAAAAACAACAGAUCAGGCUCUGUUCCCCAUUUUCACCUCCAGCUCCAUCAGCACCUCCUUUAAGAAGCCAAUCUUUCGAAGAAGAGCACUCGAUAAUUCCAGCCAGCCCUUGGAAACUUUCAAUCAUCCUGAGGACAAAGAGAAUCAUCAGAUCUCCUCUCCACCAUUAAAGACUGACGGGGUUUGUCUUGAACAAAAGGCUGGAAACAAUUCCAGUGAAAUCAAUGUGGAAUCAAGCUGUCAGGCUCCACAAUCUUCUACAGGAACAGCCCCUCCUUGCUAUAAAAGUGAAUCAGCCUCGUCAGAUGAUUCAGAUGACGAGGACCAGACGAUUUUUUUUACUCCAGAACUUUUUGAGGAAGAGGAUGAUGAAGGCAGCCCACAGAAAGAGAUGAAGACCGAGUCGCCGUCCUGGAUGGUCUUCAAGACAGAGAGCCCAGCCCUGCUGUCAGAGGAACUUUUUGGCUCUGAGCAGGCCCAAGGGCAAGCCUCUGCUUUUGAUGGACAGAGUGCUAUUUCAGUCAGUAAGAAAAGCACAGAGCUGUCACAGGGACAGAAAGAAGAAAUCAGAGGACAGAAGCAAGGUGAGGAGAGAGAGGAGGUUGAAACCCAGAACAGACAGACAGGCAGUAAGCUCCGCAGGCUGUCUAGGUCCAAGCAGAAAGCUCCCUGCACUUCAACAGGUAACUAACAACCUGGAUAGAAGCAAUAGUGUAGACAAAGCUGAAAAUCUUAGGAAACGAUGUGCUGAAUGCAUAUUAUUUUGGCAGAUGUUUUGGCUACAAAUUUUACAGGUAGAUUCAUUGUGAAACAGAUUGCAGCACAGUUUAAAAUACCACAUUCUCUUCAUUCCAUAUUUUUUAUUUUUUUUAUUGAUGUUCUUCAGUUCGUCUUUCAGAAUUUCUUGAACACUUUGUUGUGAACUGUCUCAGUGGGUUACAGCUGCCUCAGGCAAUUAGCCCACACACUAAUACCACACAUGCAGUCCACGAUGAGGCUUCAGCCAUCUCAGAUCUGCUUCUUAUGUAGUGUGACAGCUCAUCUUAUUAAAGCUUGUUCUCAGUUAAAAAAAAAAACACAUAGCUAACCAACAAUAUUGAAAUUGCUCCACUGAUUGAAUGUCUGUUUAAACAAAUCAUUAAAAUACAAAAGCAGGAACUCAUUUGUUUCUAUACAAGUGCCUAAUCAUUUAGUUCUGUUUUAAUGAUGUUUGUAGAUUAUGGGUGAGGAACAUGGAUGCUUUAGGCAUGCCUGAUUUAACACAAAGAAGGGACAUUUAUUAUUUUCAAUUACAUUUCCAACUAUGUAAUUAUAUACUGUAAGCCAAAGUGAUAUUAGUGUGUGAAUAUACAUUGGCUCCACCUUCGGUAUAAGCUUACAUACAUUGUAGUCACAAUAAAAUUAAAUGCCAGCAUUUCA